UUGAUUUGUUCAGGACUAUUAUAUAGUGGCCACAUAGUUUGGAGCUUUGGACUACAGACAGAUACCUUCCCAGCAAUGCUGUCUCGUUGAGCAUUAGAAGGCAGGCAGAGGCGGCUCGAGAUCUCCAACUCCGCCAAGAAAAAUCAAAUUUUGAUGCUGGAAAUCGAAGAAAGUUAGCAUUUUGGGAUCUUGUUGUGGUUUCGAAUUGCAGAAAUGGCUCCAAGCUUGGAUCUUGGCGACUGGUGGGCGAAGGAGAUCCGCGGCGGCGGCAUGCCGGUGGUGGUGACGACGCAGAACCCGAACUACUCCGUCGUGGAGCUCGACGACCGCGGCGGUGGCGGCGCAGCAGCCUUCCUGGAGAAGGGCGACCGCGGGAAGAAUGCGAAGCAGUUCACGUGGGUGGUGCUCCUCAAGGCCCACCGCGCCGUGGGUUGCGUCGCCUGGCUGGCCGCCAGCGUCUGGGCGCUGCUCGGCGCCGUCAGGAAAAGACUCCUCCGCAACCGAGGCCGCUCCUCCAAGAGCGACAAGGGCGGCAGGCUGCUCUUCCGCUUCCUCAGAACCUCCUUGCUCCUCAUCGCUAUGCUCGCCCUCGAAAUGGCCGCUUACUUGCAGGGAUGGCACUUUAAGAACCCUAAUUUCCGCAUACCCGACGUCGGCGAGACCCGCGGGUGGACGCGCGACGCCUACAUCUCUUGGCUCUCCUUCCGGGCCGACUAUAUCGCCUACCCUCUCCAGAACUUGUGCGCAUUCUGCAUCGUCCUCUUCGUCGUCCAGUCGAUCGACCGCCUAGUCCUCUGCCUCGGCUGCCUCUACAUCAAGUUGAAGAAGAUCAAGCCCACCAUCAAUGGCGAUCCAUUCAAGACAGAAGAUUUAGAGGGCUCAAGCUGCGACUACCCCAUGGUGCUCGUCCAGAUUCCCAUGUGCAAUGAAAGAGAGGUGUAUGAGCAGUCCAUUUCUGCUGCUUGCCGUAUCGACUGGCCGAGAGAUCGUCUGCUGAUUCAAGUUCUAAACGACUCUGACGAUGAGCCGAUCGAGCACUUGAUCUCCGCUGAGGUGUCCAAGUGGAGUCAGCGGGGUACGAACAUCGUCUACCAGCAUCGCUCGAUCAGGACGGGUUACAAAGCUGGGAAUUUGAAGUCGGCCAUGAGCUGUGAUUAUGUUAAGGACUAUGAAUUUGUUGCCAUCUUUGAUGCUGAUUUCACUCCCAACCCUGAUUUCCUCAAGAAGACAAUUCCACACUUGAAGGGAAAUCCUGAGGUCGGGCUAGUUCAGGCCCGAUGGAGCUUUGCAAACAAGAACUUGCUGACUCGGCUGCAGAACAUCAACCUCUGUUUUCACUUUGAGGUUGAACAGCAGGUCAACGGCACCUUCUUGAACUUCUUUGGUUUCAAUGGGACUGCCGGCGUAUGGAGGAUCAGAGCAUUGGAGGAAUCAGGGGGUUGGCUUGAGCGAACGACAGUCGAAGACAUGGACAUUGCUGUGCGUGCUCACCUCAACGGCUGGAAGUUUGUCUUCCUCGGCGACAUCAAGGUGUUGUGUGAAGUGCCUGAAUCUUACAAAGCCUACCGAAAACAACAGCACCAAUGGCACUCCGGUCCAAUGCACUUGUUCCGUGUAUGCCUUCCGGCCAUCCUAAAAUCCAAGAUAUCGAUAUGGAAGAAGGCCAACUUGAUACUUCUUUUCUUCCUCCUGAGAAAGCUCAUCCUCUCAUUUUAUUCAUUCACAUUGUUUUGCAUAAUUCUUCCUCUAUCGAUGUUUGUACCUGAGGCUGAGCUGCCAAUCUGGAUAAUCUGUUACAUACCUGUCAUUGUGUCGUUCCUAAAUAUUCUACCAGCCCCGAGAUCCAUCCCUUUCCUCAUACCUUACCUUCUCUUCGAGAACACAAUGUCAGUGACCAAGUUCAAUGCCAUGGUGGUUGGCUUAUUCCAACUCGGAAGUUCAUACGAGUGGAUUGUGACAAAGAACGCAGGACGAUCUUCGGAAUCUGAUCUUUUGGCCGCAGCCGAAAGAGAUGCAAAGCCUAUGCAGCUCCUUAGAGGAGUUUCAGAUAGUGAGCUCGUAGAGCUCACCAAAUUGAAGGAACAACAAGAGGAAGUGCCUCCUAUAAAAAAGAACAAAAUUUACAAAAAGCAAUUAGCUCUUGCUCUUCUCCUACUCACAGCUGCACUCAGAAGUCUCCUCUCGGCGCAGGGCAUUCACUUCUAUUUCCUGCUGUUUCAAGGAGUGUCAUUUCUCCUCGUCGGUCUGGACCUAAUUGGGGAGCAGAUGAGCUGAUCCUGAAAAAGAGAACACAAUAAAUGGAACCACCUUCCUGCAUAUAAACUAUAAGUCAUGGAUGGCUACUGAAAGGGAACAAUAGUUGUGUCUACUUAAACAAGUUAAGCAUAUCUAAAGUCUACUUAAGAUUUUUUUUUUUUUUCAUCCCUAGUUUUGCUUGUUUACUUUAAGGGCAUUCUAGCAAAUCAAGUGUCUGCACAAAAUCUUGAGGACAAAAAGUUGUCCAGCAUUAUUAACAGUGGGAGAGUUGAGAGCUGGUGUUUACAUUGGAUUAUACUAGGGGUUGUGUUUACAAAAUAUGUACAUCAGAAUUGGUUGAGUUGGAAACUGAAUGAAAAUAUUGAUGGUGCAAUAA